GGAUUUGCAAAGGCUACCCUUUAAAGCAAAAUUACCAAAAUGGCCUCCAUCUCCUCCUCCGCGGUCGCAACCGUCAACCGGAACGCCUCCGCUCAAGCCAGCUUGGUGGCUCCAUUUACCGGCCUCAAGUCCAACGUCGCCUUCCCCGUUACCAAGAAGGCCAACGACUUUUCCUCCCUUCCCAGCAACGGUGGAAGAGUUCAAUGCAUGAAGGUGUGGCCACCCCUUGGAUUGAAGAAGUACGAGACCCUUUCGUACCUACCGCCACUAAGUGAAGCAUCGUUGGCCAAGGAAGUCGACUACCUACUCCGCAACAAAUGGGUUCCUUGUUUGGAAUUCGAGUUGGAGCACGGUUUUGUCUACCGUGAGCACCACUCAUCGCCCGGAUACUAUGACGGAAGAUACUGGACAAUGUGGAAGUUGCCCAUGUUCGGGUGCACUGACUCAGCCCAGGUGUUGAAGGAGCUCGAAGAGGUCAAGAAGGAGUACCCCAACGCCUUCGUCCGUAUUAUCGGAUUCGACAACGUCCGUCAAGUCCAGUGUGUGAGUUUCAUUGCUGCCAAACCACCAGGCUACUAAGCAAUCUAUCAACUUUGAUUUAAUCCCGGGUCGGGUCGGGUUUGCUUGAAUCUUUAGGGUUCUUCAUCAAUUUCUUUUUCUUUAUAUUCGGAUUUCGUCAAUUUCCAGUUCAUUUCGUUGUUCAUUCCUGAAUUUCUAUGAGGUGGAUAAAAAGAUCAUAUAUAAAAUAAUAAUUUGUCAUGUUUCUGUCU